UUUAUGUUGCCAUCAACAAGUUGGGAUUAUGCACGUAAAUUUUGUGUUUUUCUUGGUGGAGCUAUUGUUGGCACGACUGUUAUAUUUAAAAUUUACAAUCCAUUUGCUCUAAUGAAAGCAGAAAUUGAAGAAGGGAAAGUUGAUAUUUUAAAAGAAUAUACGCCUAGGUAUGAAGAAUUGAGGAAACAAUUGGCAAGAGAAGUUGCAAAAAUUGAAGAAAGGAAGAAAAUUGCUUCUAAACUUGGUGUUAAUGAUAGAUAG